CUCUGUCACGUGACUCGAUCGCAGUAUGGCCGAUUUUCCACCAGUGAAUUUUCCAUGUCUCAGUGCAAUAAGUGCUUGUCUUAUACUUUCUGUAGUAUUUGUUUUAAGUCUCUACAUAUGGCAGUCUCCACAUAGCAGGGACCACCCUUCCACAAUAAAGAAGAGAUUCUUGAGUGUGUCAGUAAUGAUGUUUCUCUCACCUCUUUUUUUGUACUACUACUCUGACUGUGAUGCAUUUGAAAAGAACACUCUGUGGGAGCUACUGGGACUAAGGUUACCAGGCCUCUUCCUAGCAUCAACUGUACCCUUACUUCUAACCAUGGUACUUUUUCUAGGACCUCUGGCACUUCAAGGUCGAAGUGGAAUCUGGAGGCUAUAUGCAGAGCCAAUGUAUUGGGUAAACAAUAUGGGCAACCUAAUCUGGAUGAGGAACCAUGUGGUUGCUCCUCUCUCUGAAGAGUUCACGUUUAGGGCUUGCAUGUUGCCACUACUACUCCAAUGCUUCAGACCCACCACAGCAAUAUUUGUGUGUCCACUCUUCUUUGGCAUAGCACACUUGCAUCAUGUAGCAGAGAGACUAAAAUAUGGAAUGGAAUUGAAGAAGGCUUUGCUCUUAUCAUGCUUUCAAUUCUCAUACACAACUUUAUUUGGAGCAUACUCUGCCUUCCUGUUCGUCCGGACUGGUCACUUUGUAGCUCCAUUCCUAGCUCAUGCCUUCUGUAACCACAUGGGGUUCCCAGAUCUCACAGAGCUAUACAUAUACAAGGAGCCACAGCGCAGUAUUAUCAUGGCACUUUGUGUCAUCGGUCUUGUCACUUGGUGCUUUCUCCUAGAUCCCCUCACCAGUCCCUCGUGGUAUUCCAACAACGUGUUCUACAACAUUUAACACCAGCAGAUUUACUAACUGCAUUCAUCAGCACAAACCCGUUAUGGUUGUGGUGGAACACUUGCCGCGAUACUACAGGAAUUUUCUCCUUGCCAGUGUUUUGGUGUUUAGUGUCUACCUCGUAGCAUAAUGUGUAUACGUUUUAAAUAAAUAUUUUCACCACUGACAAUAACACUGUAAUAAAUUACCAAAAAUAUGAAUAGGUAUAAGUUUGAGUACUGUACAACUGUACCAAUAAUGUAAUCACCUCUUGACAGUAGGUGAGUAAACUGUCUUUAUUAAAUUCUCAAAUCUUGGUACAUGUAAAACUUGUCAGUAUUAAUUAAAUUAAUUUAGACUACCAAUAUUCAUGAAACUGUAUCUGCGGAAGUAAAAAAGUUAUAUUUUAAUUAAUAUAUUCAUUGUUUUAGUUUCUUGUAAGAGUAUAUCGCUUAAGUGGUAAUUCCUUUGCUCCCUCAAUUUGUUGAUGAGAUUAAAGCUCAACACUCAGUAGGUCUGAUUAGUAAUACUCGUUUCUUGCCUCUGUUCAAAGGUGAGUUCCUAUUAUUAAUUUUAGUGAUGUCCAUCUUUGUAAUUUAUUUUACUGUUGACAACAGAUAUCCUUCUUGUUGUUGUUUUUUGUUAUUUUAUAUUAGUUCCAAGUUGAACCAUGUCACCUUUAGUAUAACCAUAUGCUAGUGUGAGGUAUAAUACACAAAUGUAAGAUCUAUUAUAAACAAAAGAUUUUUCUAUUUCUUGUGACAAUCAUGGUCACCUAAGAUGCCCCACAUGCACUUUAACAUGCACAUUAAAGCAAACGUUUACAAGUGCAGUAAGUGUUCUUAAUAUCCAAAGCUAUGAGAUGUGUGGCACAGAAUUGGAUUCUACUAUAGCUGAAAAACCUAGCAGUCUUUCUUUGGGUUCUGAAACUACUGCUAAAGUACUGAAAAUUCCAAUAUUUGAGUCUCUUUGGCCACUCAGGAGACUGUAGAUAAAAUAAUGACGGAUUUUCUUGUCUUUCAUAAGAAGUUAAAAAAGAGAUGAUCCAGUGCAGCAAAAUUUGCUAGAGAAAACACAGACAUGACCUUGUUAUGAAAUUGAAUGAAUUUUAUAAUAUUUUGUCUUAAAAGAUAACUGUUACUAACAUAUAACAUAGUGUAAUAGUAACCAAGCUAAAAACUGAGGCUCUCACUGUUCAUGUCAAUAAAAGAUAGUAUAACCAUUAAAA